UAGACAGCAGUGCUGUGCGGAAGCUGGGCUUGGAAGGACCGAUAGUCUACAGAGGACCUGUAAGAUCUUCUUCCGUCCAGCUCUGAUUUAUUUCUCUAGUCAUACCGACAUGAAUUUCAAAUUAAGCCAAUGCUGUUGCGGAUUUUCCCUCCGGGCCGGUACCAUAAUUAUUGGCAUCGUCGUUAUGUUUGCCGCCAUAACUGGAUUCAUCGAGGCAGCAAUUAGCAUUUCCGGUUUGAGUAUUGACGAUGGAGACCAUAUGCGGUUUUAUUUCUACAUGGGUCAGAUGAUCGGUUCCGGUUUCACGAUCUUCGCCACGGUUCCCGUUCUGAUCGCCGCCUGGAAGAAUCGCAAACCAAAUUUGCUGUCGCCUUGGCUGGUCAUCAAAUUUUUGUCCUUGGUUACAGCUGUCAUCUACUGGUUUUACUUGGGAAUACUGGCCAUACUAGCAAACGCAGUUUACUAUGGAACAAGUUUCAUUUUAGGCGCUUGCAUUGGAGGAGCGAUUUGUUCCUACUACUGGCUGGUGGUUUACAGUUACUAUCACGAACUUAACAAGGCAGACAUGAAGACCCGACCCGAAGAGAAAAAUGCGAUGCGGUAUCACAAAUGUUGAAAUCAAAUUAUUGGCAGUAAUUAUUCUUUCAUCAAGUUUGAAAAGCAGAGGUUAUAAGAUACAAAUAUGUGUGUUGA